CCACUUGGUUUAUAUACGCUAGCAGCACAGAAGCCCCUGAUUGGUUAAAUGGUUAAUGUUUGUGACGCAUUUAAGCGACUCACAAGCAUGCUACAUAAACAACAGGAUUCUUCAGAGAAACCUCACAGUCCAGCGCAACCUCAUCUUUAGAAAUGUUAAUACUGUGGAUCAGUAAAAUGUUCAGUUCCGCUUUGUUGGUUUUCUCUUUGGUUCAGCUCUGCCCAGCUCUGCCAGUUUCUCAGAAACAUCUGCUGUCCUGCUGCGACUCUGCAGAUCCUGUGGACAACUGUCUCUACACAACUCAAUCAUCUGAGGCGGAAGCUGAAAUGUCCACAGGGAAUCUGGUGCCCACUCAUUUCCCAGCCCGUCGUGCGGCUCAAGUGGCCCUGCAUUAUAUCAACACGCGACAUGGCUCGCCCUUCAAAGUGUUCGGACUGCAGCAGGUGCACGAGGCUCGAGCGCAGGAAGUUGCAGGAGGAGGCAGGAAGUACUAUCUGGACUUCUCUGUGGUCGACUGGGCCAGUGAGGGUUCAGCGGCCUUCAGAUGUUCGGCCGAGGUUUUCUUCCCACGGCGAGAUGAGGCCGCCCCACCCGAGGUUCAGUGCAGCUGUGAGGCUCUACAGCACAUCAACUGCACAGCUGAAGAAACAGCUUUCUACCGCAAGUACAGCGAGGCCGAGCAUGCCGUCACCGCACACAACAUUCCAGGCAACUACGGUAACAUGACUGAAGAGAUGAAGCCCUUCUGGCAUCUGGCACGCGUGGCCUCAUCCUUCAUCAUGCUGAGAGAAUCCACCGAGAACACAGAGUUCAACAUGGCACAGGUGGCCAGCGUCGCACAACAGGCGAACCUUGAGGAGCAGCUGAUGUUGAAAUAUCACGUUCUGCUUCACGACAUGCCCUCACAGGAGAUCAUUCAUUGGAAGCUGUCGAUGUCAUGGUCUCCAAAUGAAGGAGUCAGAGUGAUGGAGACUGAAUUGCAGCCCAAAUGCCCUCACGCCAUGCCGCCCAAGAGCACUGAACCCGUGUCAUCAUCAUCCGCUUUAAACUGAUAUAAAACACUGUGUGUGCUAAGGUCAUGGAGCAAUAAAGAGUUCAGGCCUCA